AUAAUAGGGCAACAAAGUAAAUUGUGUGUGACUACAUGCUUUCUCAAUAGAAGCACCUUAAUGUGUUUUCUUUGCUAUAAGUGAAAACUUAUCUUUUUUAAGUAAUUUACAAACUUUCACAAUUUACAAUGAUUUUAUUUGGUUGAACAAAAGGUUGUCAGUCAGCUAUGAGUCAUGUUUACCUUAUUGCACCAUUAAUUUGAAAUCCCCCUUUUUUUUUACCUGAUUUCAGCAGCUAAACCUGAGUUUACAACCAGUAAGAACCUGCCAUCAUAUACUUUAUAUAUACACCAUAUACUACUUUAUAAAAUUAGAUUAUAGCAGGUAAACUGUCACUGGUACUCACUAUGAUGCUCACAAGAAUGUAGCUACAAUGAUAAACAUAAUUUCACUUGUUUUAACACACUCUUUGGUGUGCAAAAAUCUUCCCAAUGAAAGCCUUCAUGGCAUAUCCAAAAUGUGUGCGUGUGGUUGCAAGCAAACUUUACACUUGUCACAGCCAUCAUCUGAGGAUCAUGAGUAAGCUGCCAGAAAUCCUGUUUCAGCUGUGAAUUGAAUUUCAAAUGCUUUCAGAUGAUUUGAGUCAUGGUAAAAUCUAUAAGACUCCCCGCCUAAUACUGACUAAUUUCCUUUUCACAGUGUGGAUUUGAAUCUGACUGAAUUGGACACUUGGAAACUCCCUAUAUUCAAAAGGAAAAAUAAAGAAAUAUGUUGAGGUGUUUUAGAGGUCAAACAGAGGUGGAGUCUGCUGGAUAUAUAAAUACCAGUCAGUGGUGGAUUUCAACACAGACUUUGAUAAUGGAGAGGAAUAACAACCUGUAUGAAUCCAGAUCCUAACCAACUGGAACACCUUAAUUGAACUACUUUUAUCUGGACAAUAGAGAAGAAACGGUUGCUGAGAAAGAGGAGAGAAGGUGAGCAGUGACCAUGGAGACUGUGUUUCAAUCUCUCUUCACCACAGAAGGCCAGCUGCCUUGGCUGCUUCUGACCCUGUUUACAUCGUGGACAGUCUUGUGUUCAGCAGAUAUGAAGCAGACAAGAUGGCCAUUAUACUCCCAGAAGCCAGUUCUCCUUGCCUGGAAUGCUCCAACACAAGACUGUGCCCCGCGACAUGGUGUAACUUUAUCCUUGGCCCAGUUUGACAUUGUGGCAACCCCCAAUGAAGGCUUUGUCCGGCAGAACCUCACAAUUUUCUAUAAGGAGCGCCUUGGGUUGUAUCCCUAUUAUGAGCGCAGUGGCACUGCAAUGAAUGGAGGCCUUCCACAGCUUGCCAGCCUCGCUCAGCACUUUGAAAAGAUGCCUGAGGGUUUGCAGAAAUAUAUACGUGAGCCAGAGGCAAAAGGGCUGGCUGUUAUUGACUGGGAGGAGUGGCGCCCACUGUGGAUCCGAAACUGGGAUACUAAAGAUAUCUAUCGAAGUAAAUCCAAGGAAAUGGUGGCCAAAAAGAACCCUAAGUGGACCCCAGAACAAGUGGGAAAAGUUGCACUACAGGAAUUUGAGCUAUCGGCUCGCAAAUUCAUGCUGGAGACUCUAAAACUUGCCAAGAAUCUGAGGCCCAAUCAACUUUGGGGCUUCUACCUGUUUCCAGAUUGUUACAACCAUGACUACAGGAGUGGCCUGAAGGAGUACACAGGCCGCUGUCCUAGUGUGGAGAUGGAUCGCAAUGAUCAACUUAACUGGUUGUGGAUGGAAUGUACAGCAUUGUUCCCGUCUGUAUACAUGGAUUCUGCACUAAGCUCUACAAAUUAUGGGCGCCUCUUUGUCCGUAACAGGGUAAAGGAGGCGAUGCGCCUGGCUUCUGUCGGGGAUGGAUUGGCACGUCCUGUUUUUGUUUAUACCCGCCCAACUUACAUGAGUCAGAUGACCCUCCUAACUGAGACAGAUCUCGUCUCCACCAUCGGUGAGAGUGUAGCACUUGGAGCUGCAGGUGUAAUCUUCUGGGGGGACACCUCCUAUGCAAGCAGCAGCGCCAGCUGCUCCAUCCUAAAUGAGUAUUGCAAGGGAUCGCUGGGCCGGUACCUGCUCAAUGUGUCUACAGCAGCUGAACAGUGCAGUCAGGUGGUGUGUAAAUCCCACGGCCGCUGUCUGCGAAAAAUACCAGACAGCGACGUGUAUCUGCAUCUCAGCCCCUUAACACACAGCAUCACCAGUCAGGGUGGCCAGCUGAAAGUUACAGGCGUGCCUGAUCAAGCUGAGCUGGCUCUUUUGCGCACGCACUUCCAGUGCCAGUGCUACAGUGGAUACAGGGGUGAAGCCUGUGCUGAGAAAGAAAAAGGGAACAAUAAAGCCUCUAGUGUCUUAGGAACCUGGUCGCUUUGCUUUUUACUCCCACUAGGACUCCUCACUCUGCUACACUGAGGAAACUGAGAAACCCAAACUAUUCACUGCUUCUGCCAGACCUGAAAAGGACAGCUUGACAUAAAGGUGGUAAGUCCCUGUGCAUUAGUUAUACUGUACUGAUCACAGCAGAGAGACAGUCCUGUCACCAGAAAUCUCACAGUAUGACAGGAUCCAAGCACACAGACACAUCUGACAGGAAUAUUUGUGUGUGACGAGCUGCACUGGCGGAGCUCCAACCUCAGGACCACCUCCCCGAACUAAUGUCCCUCCAUCAAUAAUGCAAGCGGUCAUUAGCUUAUAUCAAAUUAUGUCAAAAAUCAUAACUAUCUCUUAAAGGCCUGUAACCUCCAGAUGAGGAGGUAUUGUAAAUGUGGGCCCGUUUGCACACUAUAAAAUGCCUUAUAACAAUGAUUGUUUCACCUAAAGGUUUUUUAAUAAUGAACAGAACAAUGGGAAAACAUGGACAAAAAGUGGAAAAUGGGUACAAUUGAUGCACAGCCACAUACAGUAUUGACACAUUGUUGGUACAUGACUUUAGGUGUUCUACAAUCGCAUAUUGCUGCCCAUUUCAACAUCAUAAUUUGUGUCUGUUGAUGGGUCGAGCUGAUAAAUGUGCUGACAUACAGCCUUGUGAAUUAAAUAUAAAAAGUGCAUUAUCCCAGAAGGUGAACAAUAAGGACAAACUGAGUCUUACAUUUCUUUGGUUAUCUUUGGCUUAUAGAAACAACACGGCUGGACCUGUUUCAGUUCAAAAGUGUGCCUUGGGCUACAAAGUGCUCUAUUUUAAUGGUUGCCUUCGUUUACAAGUUGUGAUUGUUGAGGUUUUCAUCUCAGCCCUCUGUUGGGCACAGUGCUUUAUACUGAUAUUAAUUAUAUGCCUACCAGUUGUUGUUUUUUUAAUGAUCAGGACUGUGUAUAUAAAAAAGGAAUGGGUGGAAAGACCUGUAAAGAUAAAUGUUCCUAUUUGUUUGCAAAUGUUUUUUUUAAAUUCACAUGGACAUGUGAAAACAGUAAAAAAUAAAAAAAAUAAAACAUUUCAGCAGGUAAUAUAGCUUUCGUUAAUUUUUUUGUAAACAAAACAGACAGGCUUAUCACACUGUAGCAGUACAAAUACACAAUUAGAGUCUAACUGAUCAUGGCCGAUUUAAGCUUGUCUCAGAUAUAUUGGUAUUGGCGUAUCCGGCGGCUGAAAUGUAACAAGAAAGAAGAACAAGAUUCUUGGCCACAAUUAUGUAAUAACCAAAUGUAAGGGAUCCUUUUGAAGAUGUUCGUGUUUAUUCUAAAAAAAAUAUUUGGCUGAUGUACUGCUAUCAGAGUUUUAUAAAACUUUCAAAUAUCUAUAUCAGCCUCACAAAUCCAGUAUUAGUCGGGCUCUGUACAUAAUUAUCUGUUUUGAUUUUCAGUUUUUUAGCGUGUAGUUUGACUUGUUUGCACAGCAGUUGGUGUCAGGAUUCCUCCAUUAACACUGUGUAGAUAUCAACUACUAAAGCUACAUCAUAUUAGGUAAUUGCCAAGUAAUUAUAUUUGCUAGACUGAAGCUAGCUGAGCAGUUUCGUAUUCAUAAAGUAGCUUCUGUUUUUAUGCUGUAUGGCGUUGCUCAAAAAAGUAUUCAGCUACCUAAAAUGAGUUAUGAUAUAAGUAGGCAAGUGGUAGGUUGUGCUGUUUUGCUCAGACUGAAAAAACUGAGAAUCUCCCAAAGAGUAUUGCUUUACACCAUUUUGCGUACGCUGCAAACUUCAGAAAAUACUGCACUUUAACUACCUUAUUGUUGAGGUGGAUCUGGUUUUAUUUUGUGUCAGUAAGGAGUGAAAUGAUGUUCUGUUGCCUGAUACCGUCAGUGCAUUACAGUAUAAUAUGGCCAAGUGUUUUUUUCUUUCCAUUCAAAGUGUCAUGUUAGAGAUAUGUUCCACUGUGAAUCUUCUAAAAGGAAAUGGGUGCUUCUAUGAUACCUCCCUUGGGUUUCAACUCAGUUGCAUUGUAAGAAUAAUCUAAGUUUUUUUUUUUUGUGACGUUGAUGUGAGUCCUGAACAUAUUAAUCAGAUUUAUAAAAACCAGCUCUGACACCGUAACACUUGAAUUAUGUGGCAUAAAAUGGGAAGAUGUCACCUAUAAUUGAAUGCCCUAUUGUACUAUUAGUUAAUGCCAGGGAUCAUUAUUUAAGUUUCAGCAGAAAGCUAUAAACCAGCUGUUUUUACAGUUUUAGCCUUUUUACAUCAAGCACCAUAUAUACUGCCAACCAUUUCUGAAGGCACACUACAGUGUUUCAAAUGUGUGAAGUCAUUGCUUUUAAUUUAUUGCACAACAGUAUGAAUAUCAAUGUUAGUGACUUUGAACUUGUUUGAGAUGAGUAAUUAUCAAUUAUUAUCAGUCAUUGUCGUAUUUGACUGUCUACUCUUAUAGCUAAAUUACAUUACGCAUUUUUUAUCAUAACUUAAAUUCACAUUAUUAUAUGAUAUGUGCUGUGAUGGAUUACUGUACUCAAGCACGUUUUCAGUCUCUGAGAAAUGAUCUUUUAUACCAUUCAUUGAAAUCAGUGAAAAUCAGUGGCUGCCUGGAGGGUAAAAUUAUGAAAAAUCUAAAACUUUUAUUGUCUUAUAACUUAACCUCUCCAUUUUAGAGACAUCUUUAGAGAAAUUACCUUAAUUUACAAGCCUUAUUCUUCCUAAAUAUAAUGACGUUAUUGUUUGAAACCAAAGGGUUUUGUUUUUGAAAACAAUUCACAUUCACUUUUUUCAUCAGAGAAUUUAAUUAUUUAAAACAUAAUGUAUUUUUCUGUUUUUGUUAUUUUCUGGGGACUGUUAGUCUACUGGGAUUCUGUCCAUUUAACGUUACAGUUUUACGCUUUGUGCAAAAAAUAUUAAAAUAAUUUAAAAAGA